AUGUCGCCGAUAAACACCACAACAGAAGAAACAAAACAAUUACGAGAUUUAUAUCCCGAAAUUGAACCAUAUAAAACUGGUAUGUUGAAAGUAUCUGAAAUUCAUACUUUAUAUUAUGAAGAAGUUGGAAAUCCUUCUGGUAAGCCAGUAGUAUUUGUACAUGGUGGACCAGGUGGUGGUACUGAUCCACGUGAUCGACGAUUUUUUGAUCCAGAAGCAUAUAGAAUUAUACUUUAUCAUCAACGUGGUGCUGGUGAUUCAACACCACAUGCAUGUUUAGAAGAAAAUACAACAUGGGAUUUAGUUGAAGAUUUAGAAAAAUUACGGAAACAUGUUAAUGUUGAUAAAUGGAUUGUAUUUGGUGGUAGUUGGGGAUCAGCAUUAUCUUUAGCUUAUGCUGAAACACAUCCUGAACGUGUGAAAGCAUUAAUAUUACAUGGUAUAUUCUGUUGUCGUCGUAAAGAAUUAUUAUGGUUUUAUCAAGAAGGUGCUUCAAUGAUAUUUCCUGAUGCAUGGGAUAAAUAUUUAGAACUGAUACCUGUUGGUGAACGUGGUGAUUUAAUUUCAGCAUAUCAUCGUCGAUUAACUGGUAGCAAUGAAGAAGAAAAGUUAAAAGCAGCUACAGCAUGGUCAGUUUGGGAAUUAUCAACGUCACGUUUAUAUGUUGAUCCAUCAUACAUCGCUUAUGCUACUGAUGAUGCAAAAUUUGCUAUUGCUUUUGCUCGUAUUGAAGCACAUUAUUUUGUAAAUGGAGCAUUUAUGAGUGAUGAUGAGCAAUUACUUAAAAAUGCUGAUAAAAUCAAAGAUAUACCAGGUGUGAUAGUUCAAGGUCGAUAUGAUAUUUGUUGUCCAGCUCGUUCAGCUUGGGAUUUACAUAAAGUUUGGGCAAAAGGUGAGUUACAUUUUGUUGAUGAUGCUGGACAUUCAACAAGAGAAUCUGGAAUUGUUCAUGAAUUAGUUAUUGCAACAGAUAAAUUUCGAGAUUUAUAA